AUGUUUGUCCCAUUUCCUCUAAAUGACACCUGUGCACCAUCUCCUCCUAAUGACACCUGUGCACCAUCUCCUCUAAAUGACACCUGUGCACCAUCUCCUCCUAAUGACACCUGUGCACCAUCUCCUCUAAAUGACACCUGUGCACCAUCUCCUCUAAAUGACACCUGUGCACCAUCUCCUCUAAAUGACACCUGUGCAUCGUCUCCUCCAAAUGACACCUGUGUACCAUCUCCUCUAAAUGACACCUGUGCACCAUCUCCUCUAAAUGACACCUGUGCACCAUCUCCUCUAAAUGACACCUGUGCACCAUCUCCUCCUAAUGACACCUGUGCACCAUCUCCUCUAAAUGACACCUGUGCACCAUCUCCUCUAAAUGACACCUGUGCAUCGUCUCCUCCAAAUGACACCUGUGACACUUGUGCACCAUCUCUUCCAAAUGACACCUGUGCACCAUCUCUUCCAAAUGACACCUGUGCAUCACCUCUUCCAAAUGACACCUGUGCACCAUCUCCUCCAAAUGACACCUGUGCAUCACCUCCCCCAAAUGACACCUGUGCACCGUCUCCUUCAGGUGACACCUGUGCAUCACCUCUUCCAAAUGACACCUGUGCACCAUCUCCUCCAAAUGACACCUGUGCAUCACCUUCCCCAAAUGACACCUGUGCACCGUCUCCUUCAGGUGACACCUGUGCACCACCUCUUCCAAAUGACACCUGUGCAUCACCUCUUCCAAAUGACACCUGUGCACUAGCUCCUCCAAAUGACACCUGUGCACCGUCUCCUUCAGGUGACACCUGUACACCACCUCUUCCAAAUGACACCUGUGCAUCACCUCCCCCAAAUAACACCUGUGCACCAUCUCCUCCAAAUGACACCUGUGCAUCACCUCCCCCAAAUGACACCUGUGCACCGUCUCCUUCAGGUGACACCUGUGCACCACCUCUUCCAAAUGACACCUGUGCACCAUCUCCUCCAAAUGACACCUGUGCAUCACCUUCCCCACCAAAUGCACCUGUGCACCGUCUCCUUCAGGUGACACCUGUGCCACCACCUCUUCCAAUGACACCUGUGCAUCACCGUCUUCCAAAUGACAACCUGCAUCACCUCUUCCAAAUGACACCUGUGCACCACCUCUUCCAAAUGACACCUGUGCAUCACCUCUUCCAAAUGACACCUGUGCACCAUCUCCUCCAAAUGACACCUGUGCAUCACCUUCCCCAAAUGACACCUGUGCACCGUCUCCUUCAGGUGACACCUGUGCACCACCUCUUCCAAAUGACACCUGUGCAUCACCUCUUCCAAAUGACACCUGUGCAUCACCUCUUCCAAAUGACACCUGUGCAUCACCUCUUCCAAAUGACACCUGUGCAGUAG